AGUUCGACACACACUUGCACUCCAGCAACUCGACUUCCAACAACUUCAACUCAAAAUGAAUUCUUUCAAAACUAUCGUUGCUUUGUGCGUUGUUAUGGCAGCAACUUGCUCCGGUGCAUACAGGACGCCAUCAUGGGCAACCCAGCCGGCAGCCGUCCCCGCUCCAGCACCUCACGCAGGAUAUGGUAACAAAGUGUGGGGUAACAGCAACGUCGUAGCUACUCCGGUGGCAAUUCCGCAGACGUACAGCGCCCCUACCCCAGUCCAGGAAGCUCCAGUUGCUCCCGCACCAACCCAGCAUUCAUUCCCGACGACCACCCAACAGAUCUGCACUUGCGUUGCCGUUCCAGCUGGAUCCACCGGUGCAUCCGUCGCCACCACCGCUCCUCUCGAUAGACCCCAACAGGCUGCCCAACAGACUUAUUCUGCUCCCGAUGUUGCACCUGCUCCCGCUUUUGCCCAGCAAACCGUCUUCCACCCUGCUUCCCAACAUUCUGGUUAUUAAAAAAAGAAAUGAAUCUCAUCUUUCGAUCUCUUCGUUUUGUACCUUAUGGUUGACGUGAAACGUUGUGUUGUACUAAACGUUGUCUGUGAGCUGGGUACCUUUCUAUAAAAAAAAAAUAAUAAAAAUUAUCGCAUGAAAAAAUUGU